ACGUCUGCUCAGCCGUCAUGACGUAACGAGAUCCACUCCAGAGUAGCGCGCGGCCGCGGAGGGACCAGUUGAGCCGUGUUUCUCCCCGCGUCCCCUCGCCCAUGUUCGUCCGGUUAUGCGGGAUAUGUUCGGUCCGGAAUAAGCCCGGUGGUCGGGUAUCUGCGGCGGCAUGUCGGUGCUGGAGGAGAACCGGUGCUACGGACUCUCCGGCGGAAAACUGACCGGCGGCAACGUCUCCGUUUUUCACGUCAAACUCACUGACAGCGCGGCAAGAGCCAUCGGCUCCUUCGGUCACGGGAAGGGUUCCUGUCCCACCAUCUGUUUUAAUGGCAACAAAGGGAAAAUCAGUGUCCCUCGCUCGGAGAAUAAAGAUGACCUGAGGGUUUUCACCUUUGGCUUGACAAACGUUGCCCGUGAUAAUCCGCAUGGAAGCUUCGACUGCUUCCAACAACGGGUCGCUGGUUCUGCCGAGGAGCUGUCAUGUCUGGGAGUGAUUCAGAAAAAGAUGACGGUCAACGCUACGGAUGAGUCGUACGAUAAGGCUCGCCAGAGCAUGGCCCAAGCUGAGGAGGAGACACGCAGCCGUGGAGCCAUUGUCAUCAAACACGGGGGACGCUUCCAGGGCAAGAGGGUGACGGUGCGAGCCCCGGCCCCCGCGCUGGCCGGCCUGACGAAGCCCCGACACACCGACAAAUCCCCCUCCCUCCUCAGCAACGCAAAGAGGGGGGUCCAAGUUGGCGUGUCCAAGCCAAAGAAGGGGACCUGUGCUUCGAGCAACAAGAGCGUGGGCGACGUGCAGGAGAGGCAGCUUAGGGAAAGAGUGACACAUCUGCUGGCCCUGCGGCCAUACAAAAGGCCUGAGCUCAUCUUAAGGUUGCAGAAAGAUGGACUGACGGCAAGAGACAAAGACAUCCUGGACUCUGAACUGCUGGAGGUUGGCCAGCUGAAUAGUAGAGACAACACGUAUGUUCUGAAGGACGGUCUGUAUAAGGAGCUGCAGAGGGACUGGCCAGGCUACUCCUCAGGAGACCAGCAGCUGCUUAAACGAAUCUUUGUCAGGAAGUUGUUUCAGCCCCAACGGAAGCUCCUCAGCGUCCCAGAGGCGCAGGUCAGUCCACUACGAGAUACUCCCAACACCUCCCCAGCGCACCGCCCUAAGCCUUCCCUGCAUGAGGAGUACACCGACCCUUUGGCGAGUAAGAAGCCCAGGAUAUCCCACUUGUCGAGCAAAACCGCCAGAGACAAGCCAAGAGUGAGGCCCGCUGAACAAGCGGCUCAAAAGGCCUCCACAGAGGAGACGGAGAAUGGUGGUAAAAGGGACUCGCUUGAUCCUCGACAGCUUUUUGACUCCUUGUCAGCGGUCUGUCAGCGGGAAGCAGAAGUGGAAAAGAGGCUCGAGCCAACUCCCUCCGCUGAAGAGAAACCUCCAGUCACAGCAUCUGACCGCCCUGAAACCAACCCUGAUCGCCCCGCAGCCCCUCUGAUGGUGCCGGAUCUGAACAGACACACAAUCAAAAGGAAGAAGAGCAAACACAAACGGCGAGAUCAGAAGGAUGGGGUGAGAAACAGGAAAGAAAGGAGAAAGGAUCUCGUUUCAGAGGAUGCAGACAAUAAAGUCUCCUUGUACUGCAUUGAACCAAGUGAAAUGUUCUUUGACUCGAGUGUGCUCGAAGCAGACAACGACACUGCAGACUAUCUAUUGAAGUACGGAGAGAUUUUCAAUCACAACCAGAGACAGAGCUACAAGCAAGACUUUAACACGGAGUACAGCGAGUACCGGGAGCUACACGCUCGUAUUGACGGAGUGACGCGGCAGUUCAUGGAUCUGGACACGCAGCUCAAACAGCUCCACCACGAGUCCCAUAAGUACAAGACGGUUCGUAAUCAAAUUCUUCAAGAGUAUCGCGAAAUCAAAAAGUCCAACCCCAACUACAACCAGGACAAGACUCGCUGUGAAUAUCUACACAACAAACUGGCCCACAUAAAGAAGCUCAUAUCAGACUACGACCGACAGCAGCUCUGACUUAGAAACCCGGGAUCCCGGAGAGCACAAAAAUCACCCCGAGACGGGGGAGGCUCACGCCGCCAAGAUGGAAAUCUGUUGUCUUCCUGGCUAUCAAACAGCAUCUCACAAGACCUGCGGGAGAUGUCAAUGAGGUUGGGCAACAUUUGUGGGAAGCAGCUGUGGCCCCGUGGGAAAAAACUUUAAGAAGGGGAAAUCUCUGUUAGGAAGAAAAAAUGGAUUUGACCAGUGGGCUGGACACAAGUACUUUUAAUUGUUGUACAUUUGUAGAUUCUCAUCCCUCAUCAUCCUUUUGUUGGUUAUGGAUUAAAUACAUUUGGCUAAUGCUUAUGUGGUCCAUUAUCCAUGUCAGCAUUUACGUUUAAGCCAGAAGCAUGAGAUGACUGCAGGCUGCAUACGUACCCAGGCGGCUCAUGUGAGUAGCCACGGGGAUACAGAUGUGGGCGCGCUGAGAAGACAUCUUUCCUCUGAGUUCGGUGAAUUGAGGCACACUGUUCUCCUCGGGUCAGAUCAGAUCAUUAAUGACUUCUGAAAGGAGUUAAGGGGUUUCUAAUCUGGACUGGAUUCACAGUAUUCCAUGGUGUUAUGCCUGUUGUCAAACACAUUUUCAACGUGAAGUUGUAUUCAGAAACUUUACAGUUCUGAGCUGUAGUAACAAUGUACCUGAAACUGGAUUUAAUUGUUAGUCAUUUUUACUGUAGGCAGAGAUGAAGAACAACAAAGAAAUAAAAAAAUGGCUUGCA